AAAAGACAUAUUUUAAAGCAUAGGAAAAACUUAUUGAAUUAAUUAAUGAAUUCCAGUAAGUUGGAUCAUUUUGGAUGCAUUUAUUCUAUUGUGUAAGUUAAAAUCUUAUACAUAGAAAAUCUUAAAAAUAGAUAUUGUUAGGAAGAUAUGGGAGGAUGGUGGUGGCAGCAUAGUUUUGAAUCAUACAUGCUCACAAAACAGAACACCUAGACAGCAAAACUGUAAAAACCCACAGAAUGUGUUCUCUGACCACAUAGAAUUAAGUUAGAAAUUAAUAAAAAUAAAACAUCUAGAAAAGUUCCUAAUAUCUAGAAAUUAAACAACACAGUAGUAAAAAACCCACAUUAAAACAAAAACACAAGCAUAUGAAUCAAAAAAUAAAUCAUAAAGGAAAUUAGAAAUGUUUUUAUGGGGUGUGCUCAGAGCAGGGAGUCUGAAGAAAUGGCUUGUCUGUUUAUAACACACCCAACAGGAAUCUGGGUUCAUUGUGACAAGGGGCACAAAGCUUGUGGCCUUCCUAUAAACAAAUACCCAACACAUGUCCUCCAUGCAGCUGCUGGGCAGGACCGGUGGGACAGGGCUCAGUACUGGAAGGAAACCUACAGUAUUUAGUGGGGGAGUUUGCCACUUAGAGCCAGUCUGGUCCACGUGUGGGUGGGCCAUGAGUGGUCUUAAAAACAUACAGGCUUUGAACCUCUCUCUUCAAGGAAAAAAGAAAAAUAGAUUACAACUACAUGCUGUUCUGGAAAAGGCAAAACUAUGGAGACAAUAAAAAGAUCAAUGGUUGCCAGGAGUUUGAGGGGGGAGAGGGGAGAUGAAUACAGAGAAUACAGAAGUUUUUAUGAGCAGUGAAAAUACUUUGUAUGACAUUGUAAUGAUUUUAUGUCAUUAUAGUUUUGUCCAAACCCAAAGAACGUGUGCAACACUAUUUACUUCAUUAAAGUGAACCCUCAGAUGAACUGGGAACUUUGGUGAUUAUGAUGUGUCAGUGCACUUAAUGCUUGGUUAAAAAAAAAGGCUUAACACUCAUGGUAGAUGUUUUUGGCAAAACUGUUUCACUUUUAUAUAUGUAUAUAUAUUAUAUAUGUAUGUGUGUUUAUUGGAUUAUGAUGUAAAAUGUACCUUUUAGAUCAAAAAAGUUUGCAGGCCACUGUAGUUAUAUUGGCAAAUACAAGCACAAAUUAAUCUCAAAAAAAAAAACCUGUUUUUAACUUAAUGAUAAUGAAAACAACAUUAAACAGUGGGAUGCUGCAAAAUCAGUGUUUAGAUGGAAAUAUAUAGCAUUAAGGCUUACAUAGGAGAGAAGAAACGUCUCAAAUCAAUUAUAUACUUUCCACCUAAGAAGCUAGAAAACGGAGCAAGUUAAACUCAAAGUAAGCAUAACAAAGGAAAUAAUAAAGAGAAGAUUAGCAAUCAAUGAAAGAAAGAAAAAGAACAGACUAUAGAAAUCAAUUAAACCAAAAGCGAGUUCUUUGAAAAGAUCAGUAAAACGGAUGAUUAAGCCAGACUAACCACGAAAUAGAGAGAAGGCCAAAUUACAAGGAAUGAGAUAAUGACAUCACUAUAUCUUAACAGACAUUAAAAGGAUAAUAAAGGAAUAGCAGAAACAACUUUAUGCCACUAAAUUUGAUAAUUUAAAUGAACUGGACAAAUGCUUUGAAAGACACAAACUACAAAAGCUCACUCAAGGGACUUCCUAGGUGGCACAGUGGUUAAGAAUCCACCUGCCAGUGCAGGGGACACAGGUUCGAGCUCCAGGAAGAUCCCACAUGCCGCGGAGCAACUAAUCCCGUGCGCCACAACUAUUGAGCCCAUGUGCUGCAACUACUGAAACCCAUGCACCUAGAGCCUGUGCUUCACAACAAGAGAAGCCACGGAAACAAGGAACCUGCACACCACAACGAAGAGUAGCCCCCACUCACCGCAACUAAAGAAAGCCCACGCACAGCAAAAAAGACCCAACACAGCCAAUAAAAUAAAUAAAUAAAUAAAUAAAUAAAUAAAUAAAUAAAUAAAUAAAGUUCCCUUAAAAAAAAAAGACAUAGAUAACCUGAAAAUUCCUGUAUCUAAUAGAGAAAUUGAAUUUGUUGUUUAAAACCUUAACACAGAGGAAAUUCCAGGUCAUAAAGCCUUCACUGGUGAAUUCUACCAGACAUUUAAAGAAAAAAAUUUCUACAUAAAUUAUUCUGAGAAAUACAAGUGGAAGAAACACUUCACAGCAAACUUUUAAGGCCAGCAUUAUUUUCAUACUAAAAUCUGAAAAAGGCAUUACAAGAAAACUAUAGGCCAAUAUCCUUUAUGAACAUAGAUGCAAACAUCCUUAACAAAAUGUUAACAAAUCAAUCCAGCAAUAUAUAGAAAGGAUAUGUUCUGACCAAGUGGCAUUCACUUUAGGAAUGCAAGAUUGGUUUAACAUUAGGAAAUUCACCAUAUUCAUAGACUAGAAAAGAAAAACUGUAUGAUCUAAAAAGAUGCAGGAAAAGCUUUUUGCAUAAUUCAACAUACAGUCAUGACAAAAGAUUUUGGUAAGCUAGGAAUAGAAGGGAACUUCCUCAAUAUGAUUCAGGGCCUCUGCAAAAUACUACAGCUAAUAUACGUAAACGGUGAAAGACUUAAUGUUUUCCCUCCAAGAUUGGAAAAAAGACAAGGAUGGCCACUCUCAUUAUUUAACCAGACAUCCAAGUCAGUGCAGUAAGGCAAGAAAAUGAAAUAAAAGGCAUAGAGUUUGAAAAGGAAGAAGAAAAUAUAGUAUUUAUUCAUAGAUGACCUGAUUGAAGAAUCUACAAAAGCUACAGAACUAAUAAGUGAUUUUAGCAAGGUUGCAAGUUACAAGGUCAUAUACAGAAAUACUAGCAACAAUUGGGAAUCAUUUGUUGUAUCAUUUACAAUAAUAUAAAAAAAACAGAAUACUUAGGGAUACAUUUAAUGAAAUAUGUGUAAUGUCUAUAUGCUGAAAACUAUAAAACAUUGCUGAGAUAAAACCUUAAAUUAGUAGGAGAGAUAUCUUACUCAUGGAUUGUAAGAUGCAAUAUUGUUAUAAUGUCACUUCUCAAACUCAUCUUUAGAUUCAUGGCAUUCCCCAUUAAAAUCUCAGUGGGCUUUUCUGUAGAAAUUGACAAGCUAAUUCUAAAAUUGACAUGGAAAUGCAAAGGCGCUAGGAUAGUCAAAAUUAUUUUGAAAAAGGACAAAAUUGUAGGAUUUAUAGUACCUGAUUUCAGUACUUACUAUACAGUAAUCAAGAGUGUAGUACUGGUGUAAGUGUAGACGUAGAUCAAUGGAGCAAAAUAGAGAGCCUAGAAAUAGACAUAUGCAUAUAUAUAUAUAUGAUUGAUUUUCUAUGAAUGCUGAUUUUCUACAAAGGUGCCACAGUAACUGUGUUGGGAAAGGUAGAAACAAAUGGUGUUGGAAACAGUAUUUAUCUAUCUGUGAAAUACGAAUCUCAACCCUUACCUUACACAGUAUACUAAAAUUAACUUGAGAUGAUCCAUACACCUCAAUGUAAGAACUUAAACUAUAAAACUUCUAGACAAAAACAUAGGAGCAAAUCUUUAUAAUUUGGGAGUAGACAAAGAUUUCUUAGGAUACAAAAAGCAUGAGCCACUAAAGAAAAAAUUAUAGAUUGAACUUCACUGAAAUUAAAGUCUUUUACUCUUCAAAAGAUCCUGUUAAGGUGAAAAGGCAAGCCAUAGACUGGGAGAAAGUAUUUGUGAAAUGUACAUCUGAUAAAGGACUUGUACCCAGGAAAACCCCAAGGAGAUAUCACUAUACACCCACUAGCAUGGCUAAAAGUAGAAAGGCUAGUCAUAUUAGAUAUUGAUGAAGAUGUGGAACAACUAGAACCUUCUCACAUGUUGCUGGUGUGUAUCUGUAUUCAGAUGUUUAAAGCAAAUAGUCAUGUUGCACAUGCAAAGGAAUAUAUCUCUGUAAUUUCAAAAAUUGAAAUCUAUUUCCAUGUGCUUUGACAUUUCCUCUUUCUUUAAACACCAACUUAGGUGAGUAGUACUGCUGUGUCCUACUGAUAGGACCUUAUUACUCUCAGCAAACUGGUAUGAAAUAGAUUAGAGGUAAUUUGAAAUAUUCAGUGUACAAGUGUAGACUAGGAUGUUCUGCUUAUAAACCUGAAUUUUUGUUACAUAGGCUAUAACUGAAAAUCUUUGUGGUAACAUAAUGCCCAAUUCAUCUAAGAAUUUUAAAAUACUUUCUUUUUUGAAGAUUUUUUUUAAUGAAAAUACUUUGUAGUAAAGAAGCCUAUUUUGGAGUCUCCAUAAUAUUGAAAAUGUUUGCUUAUCCUUAAAUAACAUUUCCUAAUAGUUCUGUUCGCAGAUGUAGAAACUUUUGAACAUGAUUUUUUUAGAUUGAGAUUUUUGUGUUUUAUUGAACAAUACAAAAAGUAAUUCUUGUGUUUAAAUCAUCCUGGCUCAAUUUGUGGUACUAGGGAAGACUGGGAAGAACGUUUGUGAUAGAAUUACCAUCACUAGCACAUAUAUCCAUUUGUUAUAUGCCCAUUGCUGGAAUAGGGGCCGUAUAGACUAUUGAAUGCACAGACCCAUGGGGUACUUUCCCAUCAGAAUCAUUUCAACAGGGGAACAUAAGACUUAAAGCUUUUUAAAAAUGUAUCUGUCAUCGAAUCUUUGCUUGGAAUGGUUGUUAUGACUCUCAAUAUGUUAUACUUUUAUGUUCCAAGAAGUAAAAGAAUUAGGCUUAGGGGCUUCCUAGGUGGCACAGUGGUUAAGAAUCCGCCUGCCAAUGCAGGGGACACGGGUUCGAUCCCUGCUCUAGGAAGAUCCCACAUGCCACGGAGCAACUAAGCCCGUGCACCACAACUACUGAGCAUGCGCUUUAGAGCCUGUGAGCCACAGCUAUUGAGCCCAUGUGCUGCAACUACUGAAGCCCACGCACUUAGAGCCCAUGCUCCGCAGCAAGAGAAGCCACAGCAAUGAGGAGCCCACGCAUCACAACGAAGAGUAGCCCCCACUCACUGCAACUAAAAAAGGAAAGCCCGCGCACAGCAAAAAGACCCAACACAGCCAAUAAAGUAAAUAAAUAAAUAAAUAAAUUUAUUUUAAAAAAAAAGAAUUAGACUUAAAUAAGAUGGAUAGACUAUAUGGGUUUUUUUUGGGAACAGUUAUAUUUCUCUGCCCUUUGUUGAUUUAGCCAAUCUGAGAAAUGAAUUAUGUUGGAAUUCAGAAAAUAGGCAGCUUGCUAAUUGUAAUACCAACCUAAAUGAAUGAAUUUGUUCUUUAUAGCUCUUGAAGGACUUGAGUUUAAUAAUGUCAUUCUUGCAAAAUAUACUAGUUCUUGCUAAAUGAAAUGAAAUAUCUAACAUAUAAGAAAGAAGUACUGUACUACGCAUGUAGUUGUACUGUGUCAAAAUGAGUUUCUUACAUAAAUGAUUAUGUAUAUGCACAGGUAAAGAGAUUGGAUUUUUCAUUUUUUAAUUUUGAGAUUUUUAGUCAUGUAUUUUAAAAAGUCAAGUUAAUGUUCUCUUUAGUGCAAAUUAAUGAAAUCAUAUAUUUGUCUUGUUUGAAGUAUUAAUAGUUUUGCUACUUUAUUCCUUAAGCAUAUGUUCAGAAAUACUUUAUAUCUGUGGGUGGACUGGAUGUAUUGUCUCAAGUUCUUGUGCAGUUGGAAUCUGAUUCACACAAGACUCUUUCCAGUGCUAAGCUUGCAGUGGUGGUGACAAAGACAGUGGAUGCGUGUAUUGCUAAUAACCGUGAGUGAAAAUGCUUAUUAGUAAGUUUUCUACAAUUGCAUUUUGUUUGAAUUCAGCAUGGUAAGUGUGAAAUGAUAGACUGAACGCUAAUAUGGAUUGGACUUCCGGUUUCUUGUAAGUGGGAGAGAAACUUAGAAAUUAUCUAGUGCAACUCCUUAUUUUCUCAUGGAGGUUAUGACUUCCCUAAGAAUUCAAAUCUAGGUCUUCUGACUUCAGGUUUGGUGACAGAAUCACGAUAAGAGUCUAUCAGUCCUAAACCUUUGUUUCACUUAAAAAGCAGCAUUAAAUGAAAAAGUUUAGAUGAGAAAUCAAAGGACAUUUUGGAGAUAUAGGGAAUGGAAAGCUCAAUUUAUAGAUUAAAAAAAAAUGAGAUAAAGAAUUAAGGUAUGCCUCUAUCUGAUAAGUGUGAGGAAGACUUAUCCUGCUGUAACCAGAACCAAACUUGAACUCAUGGCUGCUUCUCACAUAUACAAAUACUGAGGAAUGCUAGUCUAUAAAUCUUUGUAAUAAGCAACUCUUGACAUUCACAAAUAACUGAAAAAAAAGUAGGUCAUUUUUUAAAAAAUCAGUUAUUUAGGGCCUGCUAUGUGCUGGGCUCUAUGUGAGCUCUAGAGAUACAGAAAUGACUAAGAUAUAGUCCCCUGAGGAAUUCACAACCUUUUUGUUGCUAUCACUACUAUUAGACUCUGAACUCUGUUAAUCACACACAAACACACAAAACAAAACUGUGAGAAGUGUAGCUUAAAAUGGUGGACUUCUUGAAUUUUUCACAUCUCAGUAUAGCUUCAGAUAUGCUUAACUGCAUCAUUAACAUCAGUAGAACUAAGACCAGUUAAUAGGGUAUUUCAGUGAUAGGCAGGAAUUGAUUACAUAGGAAGGUCUUUACUGUCAAUCUAUAUAAGAUGAGGUAUGUAAGGUAAGAGUAAGUAGCUUUUAAGAAAGUAGUAGUAGUAUUUCAUAUUCACAACGUUAUGCAGGACAACUUAGAAGAAAGCAUUCUUCAAAAAACUUGCUUUAGUAUAAUGUCUUUAGUAUGGGAAGAGGAAUUAAUGAGGGCUAUAUAAGCCACGAUCUUAUUACAAUGCAUUUGUUUAUAGUCACACACACAUAUAUAUAUACACAUAUAUUAGAUGUUAUAUGAGAUGUGAAUUUUAGAUAUUAUGUAGAUAUAUAAUAUCAUUCUCCCAGGAUAAGAUCUAAAAAAUAGUAUAUGUAAUAUCAGGAAAAUACUAUAUGUAUAGUUUUAAGUUUGUACAUGUUCUUUUUUUUCCCUUUUUUAGCUACUUUUGGGGUAGUACUAUCCAAGUACCACAUUGUUUCAAAACUUCUGGCAUUGCUGCUUCAUGAAAGUCUGGAUUCAGGAGAAAAAUUUAGUAUCAUGCUUACUCUUGGUCAUUGUACAGAGGAUUGUGAGGAAAAUCAGUAUGACCUUUUUAAAAACAAUGGGCUUCCACUCAUGAUACAGGCCUUAACUGAAUCUCAGAAUGAGGAACUAAACAAAGCUGCCACUUUUGUUCUUCACAACUGCAAAAAAAUUACUGAGAAAUUAUCUCUAAGUGUAGGAGAAUAUUCUUUUGAUGAAAAUGAAGAACAAUUAAAGGACAUAAAUAUAAAAGAGAAGAAUCUUGAAGAUUACUGGAAGAAAGCAAAGGAAAUUCUACACAGAAUAGAACAGCUUGAAAGAGAAGGCAAUGAGGAAAAAGUACAAGGAGAAAAAUAUAAGGAUUAUGUUUCAUCUAUGAACAUGAAUAUUCAAAAUACAUUGAAACACCUCCAUGCAGAUAGCAGUGGUGGAGGUCCCAAAGCAGAAGAUAAGGAUAAAAGCCAGUCUAGAAAGCUUCAGAGUUAUAAGUCCCAUGAAGUCAUGUCUAAAUGUACAAAUGAUGAUCAAAUGAAGACCCUGUUAAAGAGUGCAAAUCCAGUUAAUGCUUGUUAUAGGGAGAGUGGGCAAAAUAAUAUUUUAUGUAAAGCCAGUUCAAGCUGCAAUCAAAACUUACAUGAAGAAACAACCCUUGAAAAAAAGAAUUUUGUUUCUCAAUCAAGCAACCAUAAUUUUAAACAUCCAGCUCCUAUUGCCAAAAGCACAAAGCAGCAGUUACCAGUAACAGAUCCAUUUACAUUAUGUUCAGAUAUAAUAAAUAAAGAAGUCAUCAGUUUUCUAACAACAGACAAUUGUUCCAAAGUGUUGAAGUAUGGAUGCUCAGAAAUUCUGCUGACCCCACGUAGAAGACAACAACUCAGCAAUGAAUCUACUACCCCUGGAGGAAUAAAAAAAAGAAGAAUUCGUAAAAACUUUACCAAAGAAGAAGUAAAUUACCUUUUCAAUGGAGUUAAGAAAAUGGGAAAUCACUGGAAUUUAAUUUUGUGGUCUUUCCCCUUUCAGCAAGGACGGAAGGCUGUGGACCUUGCUCACAAAUACCACAAGCUGACCAAACGCCCCAACUGUGCGGCUCCUUGAUUGGAAGAAGACCUGUCAGUUUUUAGUUUGAUGUCUUAAAAUACAGUGUGUUGAAAAUACAGAAUUUUAAGUUUUCUUAUAAAUUCUCAUGAGACAGGAACUGUGGCAAUGGAGAUACUCUUUGUGGUGCUUUAGCUCAUCAAACUAAUAAAAUAAUUUAUAAAACAAAUACACUUUCAGAUUUCCCUGGUGGUCCAGUGGUUAAGACUCCACACUUCCAAUGCAGGGGACACAGGUUUGAUCCCCGUUCAGGGAACUAAGAUCCCACAUGCUGCUCAGUGUGGCCAAAACAACAACAAAGUUCUUUUUUUUAAACACAUUUUCAAUGUGUAGAUUAGUAGGACAGGAUUCCUUUAUGAGGUCAAACAUGUUUAGGAAUGUGCUUUUGUUUUUCCUUAAGCUCAAAGAACAUAGAUCAGAGAAAAAAACUUACCAGCCUUUAAACAUUAUUUGACAUUAUAUUGCAAUGAAUACUAUGUGAGACAUUUGGAUUUUAGUAUUCUUACCCAGUGACAGUCUCU